UUGGGAAUAACAGAGUUUUCAGCAUUACAUGGAGCGGGACUGUCAUGGCCUUAUGUCUUCAUCGCAUCUGGCGUAGCUCUUAGGAUAGCUUCAUCUCCACUACAUAUAUUUGCAGAAAAAUUAUUCGCACGACGACUGCAUGCACAGAACUUCUUCACAGAAGGCAUUCUGAAGAAGCUCAGUCAACAUUACAAAGUAGAGCUCGUCCCAAAUGCCAGCAGAACUAAAUUGGAACUGAAAACCUCUGACCCAAGGAUCACGGCUCAUAGUGAACAAGUGCUAUCUGAGAUGCUACCUCAGUAUAUGUCGGAACACGGUCUUCAGGCCACUCGUAUACAAAACCUCAAAAUGUGCACCAUUCCUUUGUGGAUAUUCUCAUCGUUCGCCGUUAGAAAUGUGAUUAGCUCAUUUUGUUUAGCGGAUUUUCAUCCUAGCAUUGCCGGAGGUCUUUGGAUCCCAGACAUGCUUGUGCCUGACCCAUAUUUUGUCCUACCUGUGGCAGUGGGACUGUUUGGUUUCUUGAAUUUAUAUGUGGUCUCAAAGGAAGAUUUACCCCAUGGCGAUGAAAACCUGGAAGAC